UCACCACAUUCACUCGUUAUAGAUCAAACAAAAUGGCCAAUCGAAUGAAAGAAUGGAAACUAGACUGUAAAGUGUACAUUGGUGAUCUUGGUUAUGGUGCAGCAAAACAAGAACUGGAAGACUUGUUUUCCAGGUACGGCCCCAUUAGGAAUGUGUGGGUAGCCAGAAACCCACCAGGUUUUGCCUUUGUAGAGUUUCAGGACCCAAGAGACGCUGAAGAUGCAACAAAAGCUCUUGAUGGCACGAGGAUAAAUGGCAGGAGAGUUAGAGUAGAAAUGUCAUCAGGAAAAUCUCGCUGGGGCUCUAGAGGACCACCCACACGUCGUGGAGGCGGUGGUGGGAGGAGCUACAGAGAUGAAAGACGCAGAUCAAGAUCUUUUUCACCAAGACGAAGAAGUCCCUCCCCGAGAAGACGAAGCAGGAGCAGAAGUCGCUCUAGGUCACCAUCUUACAGAAGGUCCAGGUCUCCUUAUGACAGACGAUAGGAACAACUUCAGACAAAAUACAAUGGCCCAGCUGUGUGAACUGUUGAAACAAAGCAAGGGAAAAAUGUUCAAGCUGAAUGUAGAUAUAUUUUAAUUAACAUUAUUUCAUUGGUGUGAAACACAAGAUGUUUUAUGUUUUUAAACAUAAUUUUCACCAUAAUUUUAACAAUUAAGAUUAUUGUACCAUGUGACAGAACUUGACAUUGACAGUUGUCUUUGAUAUUCAUGAGACAUGGAUAAAUCAGCCCCCUUUUAUUAAUGAAAAGGUGUAGAGAUGAAAUGUGUAUAUAUAUUAUAUAGAUGUUUUUAUAUCCCCUAAUGUUGUUGAAUAAAAUAAUUAAAUAUG